CGAGCCAAGCUGGAGGCGGCCGUGGCCGAGGCCGAGGAGCGCGGGGAGCUGGCCCUGAAGGACGCGAGGGCCAAGCUGGCCGAGCUGGAGGACGCCCUGCAGAAGGCCAAGGCCGACCUGGCCCGGCAGCUCCGCGAGUACCAGGAGCUCAUGAACGUCAAGCUGGCCCUGGACAUCGAGAUCGCGACCUACAGGAAGCUGCUGGAGGGGGAGGAGAGCAGGUGGGAAUUCCCUGGGGAAUGGAGCCGGAACUCUCCGUGGUCAGCUCCAGCGGCGGCGGCUUGUCCAGCGCCGGAGGAUUCCUGGGAGGAGCCCUCGGGGCCGGGAUGGGCAGCGGAGCCCUCGGCUUCUCCUCCGGGGGGGCCACCAAGUCCUACUCCAUCACCACCACCUCCAGCAGCCGCCGCAGCGUCAGGAAGUAACUCCGGCCGCAUUCCCGGGAGGGAGGGAGGGAGGGAGGGAAACCCUCGGGAAGCGACGCCCGGGUGCCUUUCACGAGAAGAAGCGGCUGCAAAACGAAUUCCUGCCCCUGCCACGACACUCCCGAGGCUCCAUCCUGCUCCCGAGGCUUCAUCCUGCUCCCGAGGCUCCAUCCUGCUCCCGAGGCUCCAUCCUGCCCCGGAACGUCCCCCCGGGAGCAGGAUCAGACCUCCCGGGGCUGGGUUUGGCAAAUCCCACGUUCCCGCUGCGCCUUUGCCGAAGACACCGGGAGAUUCUGCCCCCCCUUAAUUGGAUUUUGGAAGGUUUCCACCCCUCAGGUCUCACCCCGGGCUGGGUUUUUUAAAACAGGGAGAAAAGGGUGAAACUGCUCUGGAUUUCUCAUUUUCCUUUGGGAAGGGGCUCAGGGCUGGAAUUCCACGAUUCUCCUCUGCCCGGAGCUGUUUCCCGCCCAAAGGCAGAUUUAUUUCGGGCUCUUUGGAGCAAAAUAACCCAUCAGCUCCUCCCUCCCCUGGUCCCUGUUCCUCAGUGCAGCCCAGAGCUCGAGGGACAUUAAAUUGCUGGAAUUCCCACUCCAAAGGGGGAGAACAUUCCCAGUUUCUGGGUGUCUCUGUUCACUCCGGGGGUAUUUCGGCAUCUCUGGGGUCUCCUCUCGCGAGGCAAAAGCGAGUUUGGGGUUGGUGCAGGUCCCAAAAACUCCUCCUUCCUGCCCAGGAGGGGCUUCGGCUUCCCCGGGCCGGGGGAGGGCGAGGUCGCGGCUGCCGCGGGAAGAGUUUUUAGGGAACAGCUCCAAGGAACUGCGCAGCCAUCCCGUGCUGAUGCUCGGCCGUGUCCCGGCGGUGCGUUUUUGGGGGGAAUUUUGAUGCUUUUCGUGUCCGUCCCGAGGCCUUUAAUAAAGUUUCCCUUUUUCCUGCUC